GUCUUAUCGGCACCGUCUGACACGCCCGCCACCAGCCGAGGGGCAAGAUUUAUCGCACAACGUGAUCCGAAGUUCUUCACCGUCAGCCGCUUAUGUGCUUCACGGGGCCUUCAUCCGAUUUAUGCAAUGGGUGCCGACUGCAGCAUGUAGGGCAUUUCACGCGUCGAAUAUAUCGAAUACCUCGAAACUGCCAGUGGCGACGAGGCUUGGGAUCUCCUGGCACGACACGGCUCUCUUGUGAGUGAGCCCAGACCGCUCAGUUGGCCGGCCAUGGACUCUGUCACGACACCGCUUCUCGCCGCCGACGAGGAGGCUCCAGCGCCGAGUGAUGGCAAAGCAGAGGAAGACACAAGGAGGCACCUUGGCCUCUUCGACGGCGUGGCCCUGGUCCUUGGGCUCCAGAUCGGGUCUGGAAUCUUUUCCUCCCCCUCGCUCGUGCUUCGGAAUACUGGGUCUGAGCCUGUAGCGCUCGCGGUCUGGUGCAUUGCUGGUGGUCUGGCCUGGGCUUGUGCGGUUUGCUAUACCGAGCUGGGCACCCGCCUGCCCUUUAAUGGAGGACCUCAAGAAUACCUGUCCUAUUGCUUCAGCGACGUCUAUGGCUUCCUCGCCUCCUGGGCCUGUAUUUUUACACUCAAGCCUUGUUCCGCAGCCAUCCUGGCCUUGGUUGUCGCCGACUAUGUUUGCGAUGCAUUGAGCCUCGCCAGGGGACCGUUUGAUUACGUCCCGAAAUUAAUUGCUGUUUCCAUGAUUACUCUUGUGACAGUGGUCAACUGCACGGGAAAUAAACUAAGCAAUAUCGUUACAAAGAGCUUACUGGCAUGUAAGAUUUUUGGCGUUGCUUCUAUCAUAAUCCUCGGAUUCGCAGUUCUGAUCGGCCGGCGUCUUUCACCGUCGGUCGUCUUGACGGAGCUCAAGUCUCCCCCACGACCAGGCUUGAGCAAUUAUACUGAUGCCACAUUAUUAGCAAUGUGGGCAUAUUCUGGAUGGGAGGCGCUGGCAUUUGUCGGGGGAGAACUUAAGAACCCCAGCCGCAAUACGGCUGUCGUCAUUAAUAUAUCUAUGACUGUUGUGAUAGUACUCUUUGUUCUUGCUAACAUUGCCUAUUUCUCUGCGUUGUUAUUCGCAGAAAUUAUCCGCUCCUCUACUAUCGGCUUGACCUUCAGCCAACACUUUUUCGGGCGUGCCGGUGGCGCGCUGUACACCCUAGUCAUCUGCCUUUCUUGUAUAGGUACUCUCAACGUCAAGUUCUUCACCGCGAGUCGUUUGACCCAAGCGGCUGCCGAACGGCAGUUCUUGCCACCUGUUAUUAGAACCAUCAAACGUGUAAGCGCUGACCACGGUGACGAGCCAUUGGAAGCAAACCCGUUGCGACGCAUGCUUGAGGUCUUACGGCAUCCAACACAGUUCGGAGAUGGAUUAAUACCACUAUCUGCUAUUAUAUUCAACGCUCUCCUUGCGGAUGCCUACAUCCUGGUUGGUGAUUUUGGCUCGCUGAUUAUAUUUAUUGGAAUCGUGGAGUAUUCAAUAGCGUGCAUUACCAUCGCCGGACUAUUUACUCUUCGCCUGCGUCCGAGGCCACCAGAAGCGGACUCUGGAGGUGGGACAUUCCGGGUCCCGUGGAUAAUUAUUUUCGUUGCUUUGGCUGCCACCGCGCUUAUUGUCUUCGUCUCGGUUGUCAGACAUCCUUUUGCUGGCCUUGGGUUCGUAUUCUUUUGCGGAGUGAGCACGGUUAUAUACACACGCAUCAUUCGAGUUUGAAUUGAAGAGAGACAAAGAAUUUAACUAGAUAGGAAGCAACUCGGCCCCAGUUGACAUUAUGUUUUGCAUUAUACUUCAUAACGUUUUUCUUUCAAGCAUUAUUGAAGCAGGGUUAAGUACUAAUUGGUUAUGAAGCGUACACCGAGAGAGGAGGAGAAAUGGAUUGCUAGACAAAGGACUCGAAAGGAGGACUGUAGUUAGAGCACGUAGAAAGCUAG